CAGUAUAUUUUUAGUAAUAAUACACGAUGUUAUAUAUAGCAGUCAUUUUAGGACGUUUUUCAUAUUUAUGACAGCAUUUGACGAGGGGAGGUUCAACGAAGAUAUAAUGUUUAGGUUUAACUGCUACUGAGAGAAGAUGGAAGAGAUGUUUGAGCAAUAUUUCCGCGGGCACGGGUACUUGUGUGCCAGCCAUCCUCUGGAGGUGAUCAUCGGCACCUUGACUGUCACUGUGUGUGUGGUAUCUAUGGGCAUGUUGGCAAUCGGAGACAUCCUCCAUGUGUCUCCUCCGGGUCAGGAAACAGAAAGUCUGGAUAUAAUUAUCGUAUCCAUAGCCAGAUGUCUAGCAGUUGUGUAUGUUUACCUACAGUUCCGUAGUCUGAGGAGACUGGGCUCUCAUUAUCUAUUAGGUGUGUCUGGAGUUUUCACCCUCUGCUCCAGCUUUAUAUUUAGUGUAGCUGUCAUCAAGAUAUUUAAGAAGGAUCUUACUGGCUUAAGUGAAGCUCUUCCGCUAUUUCUCCUCCUGGUAGACCUAUCCAAGGCAUGUGCUUUAGCUCGGUUUGCUGUGAGUUCCACUAGUCAGGAGGAGGUACAGCAGAAUAUUGCUACGGGGAUGGGCGAGCUUGGUCCGUCAAUUACCCUAGAUGCCAUUGUGGAGAUGUUGGUCAUUGGUGUUGGUACCUUGUCAGGUGUUAAACAGCUGGAGUUGAUGGCAUGCUUUGGGUGUCUGUCUGUGCUGGCUAACCUGCUAGUGUUUCUGACAUUCUACCCAGCAUGUCUGGCCCUGGUCCUAGAAGUGACACGCGAGAGGAACCAUGGCAAGCCACUCCGACACCUACAGCAACUGGCAAAAAUGUUGGAGGCUGAGGAAAAGGAGAAGACCCCAAACCCAGUCACUCAGCGAGUCAAACUCAUCAUGUCUGCCGGCCUGGUGAUGGUUCACAUACACAGUCGUCUAGGCAAGGAAACAAGCAAGGCAGAGGGCUUUGGCGGUGUCAUGACUGCCAGUCAGAUGUCUGAGAAUGAUGAACUGACCCCUGACAUGGACUUCUGGCAGUAUCACAUACAAAGACAGCUGACCGUCAAUGCUGACCUGAUGGUGACACUGGUGCUGGCGGUCUUCCUCACUGCCAAAUACAUGUUCUUCGAUGACGAUGUGGAUGUACCAUGCAGACUUUGUCCAUCUUGUACACGUUCUGGGUCCAGAUUACGUCAGAUCUCUAGUUCCACAGACUUACCAGCUCCGGAAGUGCCUUCAGAACCUGUUGCAGAAGUUCCGGACAUUUCUCAGAAGAAGACAACAUUUAUUAUCGGUGAAACAGAAAGUUCAGACGAGGAAACUGAGACGAAGGCGAGUAGAGAGACCCAGACUGACCUAUUGGAGUGUGGUUACCGACCCCUGGAAAGGCUGCCCUCUAUCCAGCCUCCGCGCCCCGUCGCCGAAUGUGUGGACAUCCUCAAGUCAGAUGAUGGCCCAAAUGAACUUACAGAUGAAGAAGUUUGUCAGCUUGUAGAGGCAAAGCACAUACCUAGUUACAAACUAGAAACUGUUCUAGGAGACUAUGAGAGGGGUGUUUGUAUAAGGAGAGGAAUGGUAUCGACAAAGUUACAGAACAGUGAUGCCAUGAAAAACUUACCAUACAGUAAUUACCCUUACGAUUUGGUGAACGGAGCAUGUUGUGAGAACGUCAUUGGGUACAUGCCAAUCCCAGUAGGCGUGGCUGGGCCUCUUCUCCUCGACGACAAGUACUACCAGGUCCCCAUGGCAACCACCGAGGGCUGUCUUGUGGCCAGUACUAACAGGGGCUGUAGGGCGCUAGCACAAAGUGGGGGUGUCAAGUGCUGUUUGGUGGGAGACGGAAUGUCACGGGCUCCUGUUGUCAGAUUCACCUCCAUCAGGAAGGCUAGCGAGUUGAAGAGGUGGCUUGAAGAUACUGAUAACUUUGAGAAAGUGAAGGAGACUUUUGAUGAUACGAGCAGAUUUGCUAGACUGAAGAAGAUACAGGCGGUACAAGCCAGCCGCUACCUAUAUAUCCGUUUCGUUGCCACCACAGGCGAUGCCAUGGGAAUGAAUAUGGUGUCGAAGGGAUCGGAGAGAGCGUUGACCACCAUUUUGGAGCAGUUUCCCGACAUGGAAAUCUUGAGUCUUAGUGGGAACUUCUGUACCGACAAGAAACCUUCAGCAGUGAAUUGGUUGGAGGGGCGAGGCAAGUCUGUGGUAUCUGAGGCUGUGAUCCCAGCAAAAGUAGUGAAAUCUGUGCUAAAAACAUCCGUAGCUGCACUUGUUGACCUGAACAUCAGUAAGAACCUGAUGGGAUCUGCUAUGGCCGGAAGUAUUGGGGGCUUCAACGCCCACGCAGCUAACGUGGUCACUGCCAUCUUCAUUGCUACAGGACAGGAUCCAGCUCAGAACACGACGAGCUCUAACUGUAUCACACUGAUGGAGCCGACCGGACCUGACGGUACUGACCUCUACAUAAGCUGCACCAUGCCCUCCAUAGAAGUGGGAACAGUCGGAGGUGGUACCAUACUUCCUCCCCAAGCCUCUUGUCUCCAGAUGCUGGGGUUAUGUGGGUCAGUGGGCAAGGCCGGAGACAGCGCUGGUCAGCUAGCCAGGGUGGUUUGUGCAACGGUCCUUGCUGGAGAACUCUCCCUCAUGUCUGCUCUGGCCGCUGGACAUCUUGUCAGAAGUCACCUCAGACACAACAGAUCCACUUUGAAUGUGAUAGCAGAUCCCAGUGGUUCUAGUGUAUCUAAGGAUAGUAGUGCGGAAUCAAUUUCAUGUAACAGUGCAUCUAACCUCAGUAACGACAGUAACCAAUCACAGCCAGGACCUGGAACAUGUAUGUCACGGUCAGGAACAUGUAUAUCAGAAAGUACUACCAGUGUGUCAGGGCCAGGAACAUGUAUAUCAGAAAGUACUGCCAGUGUGUCAGGGCCAGGAAAAUGUAUAUCAGAAAGUACUGCCAGUGUGUCAGGGCCAGAAAAAUGUAUAUCAGAAAGCACUGCCAGUGUGUCAGAGCCAGGAACAUGUAUAUCCAAAGCAUCAUGACACCCCAUACACUUAUUAAAACCAUUCCACUGACUAGUCAUUAUUGAAAUUGUGAAUCAAAGUCUACCUUGGUGAUACACUUGGGUUAUGUUGUACUGUUCAUCAUCGGGAGGUGCUGUUAUAUAUCUAUGUGCCCAUGUUUUUUGAGGGUUAGUGUUAUUUAUUUUUGUAAGUUUUCUGAAAACAAACCAAUGUUUAGUACAUGUUUUAAUUUUUAACGAAAUGUUUGCUUAAGCCAAAUUUUGAUAAAUUCGUGUAAGCCUGAUUUAAUCAUUUCGAUAGUUUUUCCUCCUCAUCUGCCUGAACUGUAGUCCCACAGAGUUCAUUUCUUAAGACCUUUUCACAGAAGGAAAUGAAACUGAGAAAGAUACAUUUUACAUAAAUUCUCAAGAAACAAGCAGCAGUCUGUAGCAAUGCUUUUCCCAUGAAAAUUAUUUUUAACACCCUGCAAACAAUUAUCCAUGCAUUUUGACAAUAGCAUAGUUAAACACUUCUCAAGAUAGUACUCUAAGGGCCUGCUUGAUUUGUACUCUUGGGUUCCUGAUGACUGACCAGCAGCUAGAUGGCAUGUCGCUCAUUAGGAAUAAUCUUCGCCCAGGCAGUCUACCUGGCAUAUAUCAUUUCCCCCAGUUUUGCCCAAGCAGUUGAUAUCGGCCGAAUAUUUCACGAUGUCAACAGACUUGAGCAAUAUAUCUAUGCCACAACUUUUCAUUUGCUAAUAUGUUGUUCGGAAGAUGAGCAAAAUGUUUUUUCAGAAAGGAUGCAUACUAGGGCCCCUGGCAUCCGUACUUCUGUUAUGCUGAACUUUGAGCUUGAUCUGAAUGUCAGACGAUCACCGACCAGCAGUUAGCAGUUCCUACUGAGCAGUUCACUGUACUCAACAAGCCGAGCAGGCCCUAAGUCACAUUUUGAUUAAUCAUGCAUUUGAUUGAGUUUAAGAAGGGAUAAUUCAGGCUCUCUUGCUUUUUUGAGAGGGGCAAAAUGCCAGUUUGCUAAAUAUAAAUCAUGUGUAUUCCCUAUGAUUUUUUUUGCAUUUUUUUUCCCCAGUAGCUUUAUAACAACGAAACUUCUUUUGAAGUUUGUGCUAUGUAAAAAGUGUUCUAUUUAUACUUUUAAAUUAUGUACACGACUGUUUACUGUUGAAUUUUGUUCAUCAGGGCAUUUAAAAACAAUUCAAUCCAGACACAUUAAUAGAGUAACUGCGAUUGUUAGUCCUAGGGGGUAUUAGCCUAUUGAUAACACAAUGUAAUAUAUUUGUUACCAUGGCGACAGGUUGUGAAGUGCUAAUGCAUUUAUCAAUACUGAACUUUACCGAUGAAGUAACCUUAACGAACAAACUGUCAUUGCAUUGAUGAUAAAUUAAAGUAUGUCGAUACAGUUAUUGAAGUACAGGGUUUAGUGUCAAAUGUGGCGAGUUUGAGGCUACUAGGGAGAUGUGAAAAAAUUGCCUUUAUAAUUUGCCUUUCUUUUUUACUUAACAAUAGGCAUGUAUAUUCACUUAUAUUGAUAUAUGUUCAAAGAUUUAAAACAAGGAGUAUGCGUCACAAUUGUACUGUGCUGAAUAUAUAUUUGUGCAAUUUGGAUCCAUGUGUUCUUGUCAGUAAUUUGCCACUAAGAUCAUAUCCUUUAAUUGCUAAUGACCAUUACAACUUUGCUUUCUUGGGAAUGGAAGUAAAGUUUCUAUUUAUUAAUUUAGUACAGGGAAGGUGGCCGAACUUUAGAAUUGUGGCAACAUAUGAAGUUUCAUCAAAACUCUUUAGAAAUAAAGUCGCUAUGGCAAGGACAAAUAGAAUGCUAUAUCUUUCUACAGCUUCAUGUAUAUCCAGGGUAUAUAGUAAAUCUAUUAAUGUUUUUUUGUGAAAAACAAAUUUAUGAAUAAAGAUAUUGUAACAAUAUACCAAUGAAAGAUAUGAGAUAAUAAAUAUGGUAAUAUAUAAUUUUAACA